AUGGCUGUAAACGCUACUGAAACCGAUCUGAAGACAUUUCGCGACUUUUUAAUGCAGUAUAACAUGGUUACUGAGCAGUGUUUCACUUCGUGCGUAAAGGAUUUGACUUCAAGGUAAGGUUUCUCUGCUUUUUUGUGAAAGUUUAGAGAUAAAACAUGGGGUUAUGAGUUGAAGCCGAUUUGUAUGAAGGUGUUAUAGUGAGUACUAAGCAUGGUAAAGGUUUUGUAAGUUCAAAAAGUAAAUAUUUGUGAAUUAAUGUCGUUUUACGUGCAAUUUGGACGUAUUAUUUGCGAUUUCAAGGAGAAUUAGGCUGUUUUCAAAGUAGGAUAAGGUGUUUAAAGUAAGGAGAAAAGGAAAGACAUUCAAUUUGAUGUUCUCUUUGUGCUAGAGUUGUUAUAACAUAAAACGAAACUGUGGUUAAGUUGUUAUAGGUAGUACAAGCUGUACAUUUUGUGCUGACAAAGAACAUGUUUUGCAAGGAAAUAGGCAAUUUUUAAGUGUUUUUUUAAACUUAUUUUGCAAGAAUCGCCUUUGAUUUAAGGAUUUCUAAAAUUUUUAAACAAUAAAAGACAUUACUCAUAUGUGUUUUGCUUUUAUAUUGUUAUGAAGUCAUCUGGAUUACGACAUUAAAUUCAUUUGUAAAAUACGCUCCUAGCUUAAAUAAAAUUUGAUACUCAAUAAGAAAUUAAUGAUAAUGAACUAGAAAAAAAUAUUUUUGGUCAAAAAGUGCAUGGAAAAGUAGAUAGGGAGUGCAAAUUUACACAUAGCACUGGAAUGGCGAUGCCUAUAUUAAUUUUUGAUCAAACAGAUGUUUUUAACAGCUAGAUUUGUAAAAUUUUGUCUAGAGCUUAGUUAUAGUAUUGACAGAUCGUGACGUUGCAGCUUCAAAUUUCAUUUUUUAAUUAAAAAUUUUGGGUUUUAGGCCUAUUUUUGGUAUAUUCCCUUCCUUUACAUUACUUUUUAAAUAUUGAAACUGUAAAUUUAAAAACCGAGAUUUGGUCGAACUCUUCAACUCCCUACAACACGUUGUUUUAUUUGUCUGGCACGACGAGCAGCAAAAAUAAAGUUGGAAUUAAAACAAACUUGAUGUUUGAAUUACCAGCUUGUUUGUUAUGCAGUUAUUCGUUCAUAGAUUAUCCAAAUUUGUUUUCGCUAAGACACAGGCCUUGGAAAACAAAAUUUGGUGAUUUUUUGUUUUGCGAUCACUUCAUCGCAUUGUUUUGCGAUCUUUUGUACUACUUUUUGCUGUUUACAAAUAAGUUUUUGCGGAUGUUUCAAAGAGAGGUAAUCAAAUCGGGGAAUGGGACUUUCUCAAUGAGUAAUGUAGUUUUUGUUUUGUAAUUUUGUAUAAGAAUAACAAGGACAAAGUUCUUUCGAAUUACUAUUUAUAACACAGUUUUUUGAAUUAAAUUUUGAAAAAAAACGUUACAUUACAAUAUUUUCAGGCAAGUAAGUGACAAAGAAGAGCGUUGUGCCAAAAACUGUCUGGACAAGUACCUGAAGAUGACACAACGACUGUCCAUGAGGUUUCAAGAACAUCAACUACUACAGGCCGACUCUCAAGGAGCACCAGUCCAACCCAAAUAG